AGGUGAAGUGCGAUGUGAGCGACAACUCGGGGCGCACAUGUCGGCGCUGUCGGCGGCAGAACAUGCCGUGCGUCUACUCGAAGACGUACAAGCGACAGCGACGCCCUACCAAACUCGAGCUCUUGCGACAGCUCGACGCUCUUCGACAGCAGCAGCAGCAGCAGCAGCAGCAGCAGCAGCAGCGUGAUAUUGCUUCUGGGACUGCUCCUCCUCAGGCUCCCCCUCCUCAGGCCGCAAGCGUAUCGGGAUGGCUCCCUGCUCUCGACGACGGCGUGGACGUGGACGUGGACGUGAACGCGUCGCCUCCCUCUCCCCCUCCCCCUCCCCCUCCCCUCCAGCCACCGCCCAGUCCCAGUGCUACGGCGUCAUGUACUUCGCCCAACUUGCUUCCGGAACAUGCGUCGCCAGAAGAGCACUCGUGGCAAGAGUCCUCGUAUUUCCCGCCGCAAAGCCAAAGCGUGGCCGAAGCGACCGUCGAGCGUGACAUUCAUGGCCUUUCCGUCCGCGCCGCCGAGAUUGACGACUGCUUCACACUCUUCAAAGACCACUGCCUUCGCUAUGUGCCUGUUAUGGAGAAGCUGCCUUUGCCCAAUGCCUGCUAUGCGCGCUCGCCCCUCCUCUUCUGGACCAUCGUCGCUAUCGGAUCUCGCAAGUAUCUGAACAACCCAACCCUCAUUGUCCAGCUCGGCCCCAGAGUCUCCGACCUGAGCAAGACGGCAAUCGCUCGUCUGGAGCCGGUGCUGUUGACUAUCCAGGCUUUGAUUCUGCAGUGCGCAUGGCCCAUGCCAUUUCGGACCCUCUGCAACGAUGUCACUCCUGUCGCUGCUGGUCUUGUGCUUCAGCUCGCUACCACUGUCGGCCUUCAUGUGCAGGGCAGCGGUCAGGAGUUCGUCCGCUCCAAGCUGAGCUCCGACCGUGACCGAAUACUGGAGCGUGGUCGCCUGUGGGCUUGCUGCUCCCUCGUAUGCCAGAGGUAUGUCGAGCAGCCACCUCAAUCUCGCCUACCAAGCCGUUUGGACGCAGUCCUUGCAAAAGCUGUUGAACGCUUGCAACAGCUGAAUUACGACGCGAUCGAAACCAUCGGUACUUCUCGCAUAUAUCUUCGUGGGCUCCGCCUUUCUGACUUGAUAUUAGACGUCUUCUACGCGCAAGCAGCGGAAUUGCACCUACUCAGCUUCCAUCUCUUUAAACAUCGCUCGGCAAUUGCCGAUGACGUGCUGAAACGCAUGUACGAUGUCGCUGUCGAUCUCAUCGAGCUAGCGUUGGAGUUAGACAGAAAUGCAAAAGUAGCCGACUUUGGCCCGGUCUUCUUCGCGAGGCUGCUCGACUCUGCAGCCAUCGCAAUCUUACGCAUCAGCAAAUCUGACGUCGCCUAUCAUCUGGAUCUUGACCGCGGGCGGAAAGCCUACUUCGCCCUGAUCCUCUUCCACCGCAAGCACUCGGUGCGGCAGGAUGAUGCUUUUGCUCGCUUCAGCAUUAUCUUGACCAAUCUAUGGACAAGCACGCGCAUCUUCACAUCGACCAAUGGGAGCAUUGAUAGCCUGCGUGUUCGGAGCCGUGCUCGCCUAGGUAUGAGCAUGGUGUAUGACUGCUUCUGGUGGUGGCGCCAAGAAUAUGGUCGUCAAAAAUGCAUCUACGAUACUGAAGAGCAGGCAACGCCACGCGCUCUGGAAUGGUUCGCGUUUGACGACAUGUUCACUGAUAAUUGGCUUGACGUGGGUAUGGACGCCUGUGCUCUCUAGCAACUACGCCGACCAAUUCGGAAGCACAGAUCAUUGAACAGCUACCAACUCAAUUGUAAUGCUUGAGCU